AUGGCCGGUGACGAUCAGCCGAAUGCGCCGCCGCAAGGUCUGACGCUUCCCACCUCCGUCAGCGGCAGGCCUGUCCAGGCCGCCUGGUCCACGCCUCUACAGCCUGCCGACAGCCCGAUGAGCUCGUCGAAGCGGCCGACGAUAUCAGACGCGGUGGCGAGCAUCAAGAAGGAGGAUUUCACCACCGUUGCCAGCACGCCCUGCUCCCGCAACGGCUUCAUGACGGGCAUCGUCACGGGCGCAGCAGCGGGUGGGCUGAAGCUCGUCCUCCGAGCAAACUGGGCGGGGGCCGCCAACUGGGCCGUAGGCAUGUUCGUCGUGGGAGCCACGGCGUCCUACGAAUUCUGCCAAUAUAAUAGACGAGUUGAAAAGAGAAACAUGAAACGCGCCGUCGAGGUGCAUGCCGAAAAUCAACGCAUGCAAGCAAAGAAGAUGGCUGAGCAGAAGCAGCUGGCGCGGAAGCUCGAGGAGGAGCGCAAAGCUGCGGAACGAAGAUGGUAUAAGUUUUGGUGA